AUGGCUGCGACUCAGCCUCUGUCUAUUGAAUCGUUGCUGCAGAAACAGAAGGCGGAGAAAGAGGCGUCCUCAAAGCCCAAGUUCCUCACUAAAGAGCAGCGUGCCCAGCUUGCAAUUGACAAGCGUGCUCAAGAGAUCAAAGAUCAGCGUGAAAAGGAGGAGAGAGCGAAACAGGAUAGGGCAAUACUAGAGAUGGAGGCGGAGGAGAUUCGGCAGCGGGAGAGAGAGCGAGAACGCGCUUCUAGGUACGGGGGCGGCGGUCGAUAUGAUGACAGAUACGACAGAGACCACGACCGGGACAGGGAUAGAGAACGGUAUGGACGUCGCGAUAACCGUGACAAUCGAGACAGGCGUCCGUAUGAUGACCGACGAGGAGGCUCCUACCAGGGUGUCCCUACUGGUCCCAGAGCUGACCGUGCAAAGGCACCGCCAACGGGCCCUGCGACUGGCGGCUCAUCUGCUUCUUCGUCCAUGCCUCCGCCGCCUGUGCCAUUAGGACCUUCAUCCAACGAAACAACUCAAAGGUCUUCAGCAACGGCUUCCUCAGACGACACUUAUGCCCCUCCAAUGACCGACAGCGAUCUUACUGCCAUUCGUUCACGGUACCUUGGUGUCGACAAGAAGAAGCGCAAGAUUCGUAAGAUGAACGAUCGCAAGUUCGUCUUCGACUGGGACGAGCAAGAUGACACAUACUCUGCGGAGACACCCUCAGCCGUAGGGAGCCAACGACAGGGCGCGCAAAUCAUGUUCGGACGAGGACACAUUGCUGGAAUGGACGAUGGAGGUGGUGUACCGCACAACAGCCAGAAGAAUGGCGGUGAAGGGAUGCAGCUUGUAGAUCCACUUGAGCGAAGAAAGGCUCUGAAGGCCGGUCUAGAUGAGAGACACUGGACUGAAAAAGCUUUGGAUGAGAUGAAGGAACGGGACUGGCGUAUCUUCCGAGAAGACUUCAGCAUCGCCGCAAGAGGUGGACAGAUACCACAUCCAAUCCGCUCAUGGGCCGAGUCAGACAUCCCAGAGCAGAUUCUCGUCAUUGUCGAGAAGAUCGGGUACAAGGAUCCUUCGCCUAUUCAGCGUCAAGCUAUUCCCAUUGGUCUACAGAACCGCGACAUUAUCGGUAUUGCUGAAACUGGUUCCGGAAAGACGGCUGCAUUUGUCAUCCCCAUGUUGGCAUUCAUCUCAAAACUACCCCCGUUUACGGACGAAAAUCGACAUUUGGGUCCUUAUUCCCUCAUUCUUGCACCCACCCGUGAAUUGGCCCAGCAAAUUGAGUCAGAAGCGAAGAGAUUUGCAGGUCCCUUGGGAUUCACUUGUGUGUCCAUCGUUGGAGGGCGCGCUGUAGAAGAGCAACAAUUCAACUUGCGAUCCGGUGCUGAGAUUAUCAUCGCUACCCCUGGUCGUCUCAAGGAUGUUAUUGAGAGACAUGUCAUCGUCUUGUCGCAGUGUCGGUAUGUCGUCAUGGACGAAGCCGACCGGAUGGUCAAUCUGGGGUUCGAGGUCGACCUCACAUUCAUCCUAGACAAGUUGCCGAGUGACACAAUGGAAGGGGAGGACCAAGGCGAGCAAAUGGAUGUGGAUGGAGAGACAAUGAUCAAGAAGGGCCGGAACAGAGUGACGACACUUUUCUCGGCAACAAUGCCUCCUCCCGUCGAGCGUCUGACGAAGCGGUAUCUGAAAAAGCCUGCAAUUAUCACCAUUGGCGAAGCAGGAAGGGCCGUCGACACCGUCGACCAGAGGGUCGAGUUCGUCAAUGGAGACGAAAAGAAGAAGCACAAGAUGCUGGAAAUUCUCAACAGUGGCGUGUAUGCUGCGCCCAUCAUCGUCUUUGUCAAUCAGAAGAAAACUGCGGAUAUGGUCGCCAAAGACCUCCAACGUGCUGGUUGGAGCGCAGCGACACUGCACUCAGGCAAGAACCAGGAACAGCGAGAGGCGGCCCUCCAAUCUUUGCGAUCCGGCGACUCGGACAUUCUGGUUGCGACCGACCUUGCUGGACGUGGUAUCGAUGUGCAGGAUGUCAGUCUAGUAGUUAACUACCAGAUGGCCAAUACCAUCGAGGCGUAUGUCCACCGUAUCGGUCGUACUGGUCGUGCGGGCAAACAGGGAACCUCUAUCACAUUCCUGACGAACGAUGACGACGAAGUGAUGUACGAUCUCAAGCAAGAAAUUUCGAAGAGUCCCGUGUCGAAGGUGCCGAUCGAACUUGCAAAACACGAGGCAGCGCAGCACAAGGUGUCCAAGGAAAUGAAGAGGAAGAGGGAUGUGGAUGACCAGGACUGA